AUGGCAAGUUCCACCACAAGCAGUUCUCAGCAGAGUUCCCAUCAAGAGCGUGUUCGCCAAGCUUUCUUAGCCCCAACCGGCUGCUCAGUCAUCUCUGGGCCACAUAAACCAGCCGAUAUCAUCCCAAUCGCACCCACCCUACCAUUUUCUCCCUCGAAUGAUACACACUUAGAAAAUGAGCCACUUCCUUCCGCCCCCCUAGACUCUCCUCAGAUUGGUGUACAAAGAAUGUCUCCAAAGAUCCUUUCGGACUGGUCAGAUAGAGCGAUCAGGCCUGCAUCUGAAUCGGAUUUAUUAGUAAGUGGACUAAAUGAUCUCCCUUCUCAUUUGGUAGUUUUCUCUUCGUAUCUCUUUAAUCUAGGAUUAUUAGCCACAACAUCGUACUCUUCAAUGGUAUCCUAA